ACAUUAGCCUCCAUUACAUCAACGCUUACCACCGCUUAUCCACUAUCCUCGCCCUCAUCCCUAUCACCACCACUGCCACAGUAUCAUGCAAGUGGUGGCAGUAAUGUUAAACCACCACCCGCAAGACCCCUCUCACCUGUACGUUCGUUACAUCCGAAAUUCUUUGCCUCGGCUACACGGUCGUCACGGCGCACCCCACCCACCAUUUAUACCCAGGCGCCACAGCAGCAACCAACCACCAAAUCAUUACCCAAUAAUUUGAAUUCACCUACCUCGACACAACACCAUCCCUACCACCAACCGCACACGCACCUGCAUCAUCCCCACCACCUCCAUCAGCAGGCCCAGCCACUGCAGCAUGGCCACUAUGAGGGGUCGUCGUCGUUGUCGUCAUCGUCCUGCACCACCACCACGACCUCUGCCUGCUGUAACAGUAGAAUUUGUUCCUAUCACAUAGGCAGUGUUCCCCCAGCCUGCAGUAGCAGGAACAAUCUACCACAACAACAAAUGUCCUCCUCCACCACCUCUCAUCAUCAUUAUCAUACCAAUAAAUUUCAGAGUGAUGUUGGUGUUGUCGUCUCGUCCACGUCCUCCACGAGUAAUGUCAUUGGCGCCAUUUCAUCAUCGUCACCAUCCAGCAGUUCCCAGCAUACGCUCAAACCUUUAGCAUUGCCUUUGCCGCCUAGCAGCCACACCUCCGCCGCAGCAGACAAUAUUGCCUCUACGACACUGUCGCACGGUUCAUUGGCGGCGGACCAAAUGGGCUCCGGCUCAAUAUCGUCAACCUCAAGCCUAUAUCCGUAUUCGCAUGGUGCUGGCGGUUGUCUAACACCCACCGGCAGUGUCGGCACCUCGACCACCACCACCAGCCACAAGAAGAAGUCCUCAUUUUUGCAACGUAAAAAACCGAUACUCACUCGUAGUGAGGUUUCUAGUUCCGAAUAUUUUUGUGUUAGUUUUUGUAAUGAAUCCGGCUGUCAAGAUGAGGAAUUUUUCCCUGCCACCAAAGGAGUUACUCUGGCAAAUGCUUUAAGUCAAGCUUUAAGAAAACGUAAUUUAAGUUUUAGCCAAUUAACAAUAACCGACAGUUAUGACAAUAAUCAGACCUCAGCAUUUUUGGAAGCAGGAUCUUCACCCUUACAAACUUCACUGGAUGAAAAUACGGAAGUGGAAAACUUAGCUGGCCAUCAUUUGUUUGUCAAUGACAAGGAUAGUUCGAGGAAGAUCCUGACAAAAGCAGCCUCAUUUAACUCCCGUGCCCGACCACCCCGCCUCUUGUCUUCCGCCUCUACGGAUGAAUCAUCCGAAAUAAAUAUGACCGGCCAAAAACAACCCAAACAGCGAUGGUCUAGUCUAUUUGCUGUCAAGAAUCCGCAACAAAGUCAAUUAUGUGAACUGCUGAAUAGUUAUUCGAAGAAUGGUGUACCCCAGAGAACUCCUGCCACGCUGAAUUUUGAUCAUCCCGAUUUGGAUAAUGCCAUUGAGUAUUUGGAUAAAAUGCAUAAAUCAUGGACCGACUUUGUGGAAUGUAGUUCUAUGAAUGAUGCCGAGAUGAGAAUACAGACUGCCAUAUGGGAAUUGGUGACAACGGAGGUGGAUUAUAUCCACUGCCUGCAGACGGUGACAGAUCUCUUCCUGGCCUGUCUGGAAUCCGUGCAAGAGGAGGGCCUCCUCAAGGAAGUCGAUCAACAUCGCCUGUUCGCAAAUAUCCGUGAUAUUUGUGAGGCGAAUUUGAAAUUCUGGACUCUCUAUUUGUAUCCAAUGGUGGCGCAUAGCGUACAAACCCGAGAACCAUUGAGGAUUGGAUUCUUUCAAUCGGGUUUUAUUGCGUUUGCCAAUCUUUUUGCUCCGUACAAAAAAUAUUGUGCCGAACAGAGUACCUGUCAGUUCUAUUGCAAAGAAUUGAAUCGUACCAAUUCGCUGUUCACCUCCUAUCUGGCAUGGUGUGAGGCCCAGAAAAUGUGUAAUCGUUUACGUUUAGCCGAUAUUUUGGUGCGCCCCAUGCAACGUUUGACAAAGUACAGUUUAUUACUGACGGCUAUUAAGAAACAUAUGACAGACAUCGAAGAAAUUGAGGCUUUAGAAAUGAUGAUCCAAACCACCGAAAAUUUUGUAUUUAGUGUUAACAACCAUUUGACGACCCGACAAGAAAAUGAACGCUUAAAAGGAGUUAUGGCUCGCAUUGAGUCAUAUGACGUGGUGGACACCAACAACGAACAUCUGGAGAAAAUGAUCAAGCAGUAUAGUCAAAUGUUUGAUUUGUGUGCUCCAAUGAAAGGCUGUGCCUCUCAGCAUGUACGUCAUCUCUUUAUGGAGGGUGAUCAUCGAUAUAAAGACAAUCUCGGCAAAGCCGAUGUGCAUUGUUUUCUCCUAACCGAUAUGCUAUUGGUUUGCAAAUCGAUAGCCAAAAAAGGUCUGGGUACCUUGAAGGUGAUACGACAACCCUAUCUAACAGAUCGCCUAAUUGUACAACAUUCCAAUAAUAUUUUAAGUUGUGUUUAUCUAAAUGAAUUCCAAGUGGCAGUGAAUGCCUUCACAUUGCAAUGUUCGGAAGCGCAAAAAUGGUAUGAAGCUUUGAAAAGAGCACGCAUGAUUUAUACCCGAUUGAAACAGAGUAGUAUAUCGACGGCCACGAAUUGGGAUGCG